ACUGCUAGCACUAUGCGACUUCUCCACUAUAACGCGCUGGGUAAGCUCGUUUUGACAGACUUUCGCGGCAAACCGAUUCCGCCCUACGCUAUUCUAUCGCAUAGAUGGAGCGACUCUGAGAUUCUCAUCGAAGACGUAUCGAGAGAAGCAUAUAAGGAGAAAGAAGAAGGCUAUAAAAAGCUUAAGUUUUGCGCCGAGCAGGCGGUCAGGGAUGAGCUGCAGUACUUUUGGAUCGAUACCUGCUGCAUCGACAGAUGGAACAAGACCGAGCGCUCCUGGGCGAUUAACUCGAUGUUCCAGUGGUAUAAGAGUGCGACACGAUGCUACGUCUUCUUGUCAGACGUGUCGGUGUCGACUGAGACAGAGCCGGUCCAACGCAGCGACUGGGAAACGUCGUUCCGUGCCAGUGCAUGGUUCACUCGCGGUUGGACGCUCCAAGAGCUGAUCGCGCCAGUGUCCGUUGAGUUUUUCUCGUCCGAAGGACAUCGCAUAGGUGACAAAUUGUCGCUUAAUCAGCUACUACACGACAUUACCAGUAUCCCGCUUGCGGCACUUCGCAACUGCUCUUUAGACCAGUUCAGCAUAUCUGAACGAAGGCGAUGGGUCGAGAAUCGCGAAACGACUGAAGAGGAAGAUAUUGUAUACUGCCUGCUAGGAGUUCUUGGUGUUUCCAUGCCUACCACGUAUGGCGAAGGACAGGAGAGUGCAUGGAGAAGACUGCAGGCCGAAGUAGAGACAGCUGGCAGUGCACCUUCGAUCAUCCCGUUCACACGAAACGAGUUUUUCGUAGGCCGUGAGUUGCAGCUUGCCGAACUAGAGGCGAAGCUCUUCAGCAGCGACCAGACCACCACGACGCUAGCAAUAGUCGGGCCUGGUGGAGCAGGCAAGUCGCAGCUCGCGCUCGAGGCUGCACACAGAACAAGGCAGAACAACAGGGACUGCUCGGUCUUCUGGAUCGAUGCGAGCGGUAUAGACAGCUUGUACCAGUCUUACGCCAAUAUUGCGCAGAAGCUUUGUAUCCCUGGGUGGGACGACGACCAGGCAGACAUGAAGUGGGUCAUGCGACGCUGUACGGCAGAGAUGAGUGUGCGGCAGUGUCUGCUGAUCUUCGAUAACGUCGAGGACACCACUCUACGACCCAGCGCCUCGUCCACGACAGAACCUGGAGAGUUAGUCGAGUGUCUACCAAAGUCUAGGCUAUGUUCUGCCAUCUUCACAACAACGAACAGCGAUACAGCUCGGGCACUUGCUCCACAAAACGUUAUAGCGCUGCGAGAAUUAACACAAGACAUAGCGCUGAGGAUGCUGCAAAGCCGCUUAGUAACGCCACUCUCGAACACUGAGCAGCAGGAAGCCAAGCACUUGUUAAGAGAGCUGUUGUAUCUGCCUCUAGCGAUCGUGCAAGCAGCAGCGUGCAUAAAUGCUAGUGGCAUGACAGUGCAGGAGUACCAAUCACAACAAGACGAACACAAAGAACUCGCUCUUAAGUAUAGCAGUGAUACGUCUACAGGUAAACUGGUAAGCUCUAGCAUGAGAGAUCCUGUAGCUACUACAUUGUUUCUCUCUAUAGGUCAAAUUAGUCGUAACAAUGCGUUUGCCGUCGAUUGCCUAUUUCUUGCUGCAUGCGUAGACCGGAAGGACAUUCCACUCGAACUUCUAGAGACAGCCUCGCCGCAAAAAAGACAAGAUGCUAUUGAACUACUUAACAAGUAUGCGCUCAUCACUAGGCGACCUGCUGAAUCUGCACUUGACGUUCAUCGACUAGUUCAUCAAGCUCUACGCAAGCUGCUACAAGUGCAGGAAGGGCUCCGACAGUGGACGGAACGCACUAUCGCACAGCUCCUUCGCGUGUUCCCAGACAACGAAAAUAGUAAUAGAAGCAAAUGGAGACGGUUCCUUCCGCAUGCUCAGUACGCUCUGUUGCAAAGUGUAGCGGAUCACAACAACAACAACAGCACAUUAGAACUUGCGCAGAAAUGUGCUAUGGCUCUAUAUAGUGACGGACGGUAUAACGAGGCCGGAGAGCUGGAGGUACAAGUGAUGGAGACGAGAAAGAGGAGGAUGCUUGGGGACGAGCAUCCUGACACGCUGACUAGUAUGGCCAACCUAGCGUCGACGUACUGGAACCAAGGGCGGUGGAAGGAGGCCGAAGAGCUACAGGCAAAAGAACUAGGGAUAUGCUCGAGGGUGCUUGGGGACGAGCAUCCUAACACGCUGACUAGUAUGGCCAACCUAGCGUCGACGUAUAGGAACCAAGGGCGGUGGAAGGAGGCCGAAGAGCUGAAGGUGCAAGUAAUUGAGACGAGCAAGAGGGUGCUUGGAGACGAGCAUCCUGACACGCUGACUAGUAUGGCCAACCUAGCGUCGACGUAUAGGAACCAAGGGCGGUGGAAGGAGGCCGAAGAGCUGGAGGUACAAGUGAUGGAGACGAGAAAGAGGAUGCUUGGGGACGAGCAUCCUGACACGCUGACUAGUAUGGCCAACCUAGCGUCGACGUACUGGAACCAAGGGCGGUGGAAGGAGGCCGAAGAGCUACAGGCAAAAGAACUAGGGAUAUGCUCGAGGGUGCUUGGGGACGAGCAUCCUAACACGCUGACUAGUAUGGCCAACCUAGCGUCGACGUAUAGGAACCAAGGGCGGUGGAAGGAGGCCGAAGAGCUGAAGGUGCAAGUAAUUGAGACGAGCAAGAGGGUGCUUGGAGACGAGCAUCCUGACACGCUGACUAGUAUGGCCAACCUAGCGUCGACGUAUAGGAACCAAGGGCGGUGGAAGGAGGCCGAAGAGCUGGAGGUACAAGUGAUGGAGACGAGAAAGAGGAUGCUUGGGGACGAGCAUCCUGACACGCUGACUAGUAUGGCCAACCUAGCGUCGACG